UGUCAAAUCUAUUACAGGGGAAGAGCUCUGACUCUCUGUGUUUCUGUAUGCCUCCGAGAUGUGUCAAUUAUUGGCGGCUCUAUUGAAACUGUAUCUAGCGUGCAGACUGUAUGCAGUUUAUAUUGAGCCUAGUGAAGAGUAUUUCAAAUUUUCAACUUGAAACGGAUGAUAUACGGAUGCUUAAACUGGUGCAUAGGAUCAGCAGCACUAAAAUCCACUCCAUUCUCAUACUUCAGUUUCUAUCCGCCCGUAUGAUCUGCGGCUGGCGGAUGCAUCAGUUCAUUCAAUUUAUACGGAAAUCGCAUGAUCUACCAUAUCUCGGGUCCCCAUUGAAGCUGCUGUCUCAUUAACCACCAUUAGUCGCUGUCUUCUCCGUGCACACUGACCAUAAGCGAACAGUCUCGCUACUGAUGGAAAACAACGCAAUAAAUAAAUAAAGCAAAACAAAACAAAACAAAAAUAGAUUCAGAUGGACAUA